CAAGAGACCUAGUCCGAUUGGCAAACUGCAAAAGUCGUAGACCAAGGAGCCUAGUCCAAGGGGUCUAGUGCAAGAGGCCUAGUCCAAAAGACUUUAUACAAGGGGCCUAGUCCAAGGGAUCUACUCCAAGAAACCUAGUCCAAGGAGCCUAAUCGAAUCUUUGUCUCUAAUUAUUGAGAUUUCCUUUCCACAAUUUAUUGAGAUCAAACCUUCCGGUAGCUCUUGAAAUUACGAGUAAAACCGAGGCUAACCACCAAGAGGUACCUUCAUUGAUGGCAUUGUGGCCAAGAGAUUCUACUUUCUAAAUCAUACGAGUUUUAAUGAGUUUUUUGGAUUAUAAAAAAUCAUCUACUGCACACACUAGAAUCAAAAUGACGGUAAUUAAUGACUGGUAUUUUUUUUCAAAUACUCCCACUCAUAGCUAUGCUAUCCUUUCGAUUUAUCUACCUAAUUAAUUAUAUGGAAACGGGCGUUACAGAAGAUACCCUACAAUUUGUCCCCCUUUUGGUGCUGUGCGUUGACCAUUUGAUCGCUAUGCCCAAGAUCAUACCAUCAGUUAUAGGUGACAAGUACUGGCCGAAGGAUAUUCCCCGUUUUGCCAGAGCGCAGGAUGUACGAAACUGGCCGUUUUAUCUUUCCCAUGCGUUUUACCAUGUGGGCCUGGAAGCUGUGCGGUGUGUUUAAUGCACCCGUACCAAAAUCAUUGCCGUACCGUGUCUAUUGCUAUACGUUCUACAGCUGCAUCAUGGCAUUGUAUCUGUUUGUGCUGAUGUUGAACGUGUUCGUUCCGCAGCCGUUCGAGCAGCGUGUGUUCUUCAUCAUGUACAUUGCGCUUACGGAAACGGCCAUGAUCCUGAAAACGAGUACCAUUUAUCGGUAUUUCGAUACUAUCUGGGAUCUGUACGAAACCACACUGGGUCCAUCGUAUCAACCCCGGGACGGGCGGGAACGUGCGCUGCACGACCGUACCCUGCUAGUGUUUAAUCGGUGGUACUACGUCUACAUCUUUGUGAGUCAUAUGGCCGCCUUCGGUACCGGUAGCCAUUUACUUAGUUCCGAGUAUCGGAUGCCGUUUUUUCCUUGGUUUUUCGGCAUCCCGUACGGUGAUGAGGCACGCGUGGCAUAUUACACAAUCUUUGUGUACCAAUGUUUCGGCAUGUACUUCCACAUGCUGCUCAACACGGCCGGCGAUACGCAGCUGUGCUACAUGCUGCAGAUGAUCGGCAUACAGCUGGAUCUGCUGGCCAAACGCUUCCGAAGUCUGAGCGACUCGGAAGAGUUUGAUCACUCGUUUGUACCGUUAGUGCAACACUACAACAAGAUCCAUCGCAUGCUUUGCAGGGUCGAGAACCUUUUUUCGCUUGCCUAUUUUGUGCAGUUCAGUGUCAGCGGUCUCGUGAUCUGCGCCUCCGCCUAUCAGGUUGCAUCUAUGGUACGUGCGGUGCUUUCUACGUUGCGCACCAGGAAUCUAACCUUCCUUUUUUCGCACACCUUCCAGUUCAAUCUGUACGAUUUUAGCAAAUUAAUGAACGUGUUCUACAUGAUGUCCAUGACGAUGCAAAUCGGGCUCCCGUGCUAUUAUGGCAAUGAAGUAACGCUCAAAAGCUAUGCACUGACGAACGCCAUCUACUCCUCGAACUGGUACAGCAUGAAGCAAAGCAAUAGGAAAAGCGUACAAAUGUUUCUCGUCCGCACCAACAAACCAUUCGCCGCGACGGCGUUUCGAUAUUUUAACUUUAAUUUACCUGCCUUUACAACGAUUCUCAAUAUGGCAUACUCCGUGUAUUGCGUGUUGCAGCGUAAGGCAAAAAACGUUUAGAGAAAAUAGCUACAAACCGGGGAAAUAACCUUAUUUACUUUUUGCUAACCUUUGUGAUUUUGUGUAGUGUGUAGCAAGAAAUUGUGCAUUAUAAUUUAGUAGAUUUUCUACUAAAUCUUCUAAACGUAGAUCAGUAGAUUAGAGGCAGUCUUACACAUUUAAAAAUGUUUCUCUGUGGAAAGUCAAGGUUGAUCUGCGUCCUUCGAAAUAGUUCGCUUUCGUACGUGUGAUUUUAGCCGUUAAAACGGUUUUUUGAAGAAUUUCUGUUCUAAUAAUGCCAAUAUGUUAUUGCUAACCAAAAAAUCGCCGAUGUUACAUUAAAAAUUAAGUGGAAAAUGUCUAAGUCUAAUAGUUCUGAUGAGCUUGGAAAUGUCGUGUCGCACGGUUUGUAAAGACUUUCAUGGAAAAGUGUUGAAAGUUUUAGUUAAUAAUCUGGCAACAAAUGGAUAUAACCAGUAAAUUGAGUGUAUUGUAAAACAAAAUAUGAAAAAAUCUUUAUAGCCGCAGAGAAAUGCUUCUGUUUAGUUCUUUAAAAAGAUCCUAAUUUUUUGUAAUGUGGAAGAAAGAAGAACCAUUGUUAGAAAUGUUAUUCUUCUCUCAAAAUCUAAAUACGAUGGAAGCUUCAAUAGUUAUCUAAAAAAAUGACGUUACUUAUUUAUUCAAACGCAACCUUAAACAACAUACUACAGUAUCCAAUUAAAUUCAAUUUUAAUUAGACGUUGUUGCAUAUGUACCGGCUUUUUUAAAAGCUGUCAUCUUGUUAUAAUUGCUACAGCUGUUUAUAAUGAGUAAUUCUCCCACGCACUGAUUUUUCGGGACUUUCGAGAAUAAUUACCUCAUAUUGGAGAUUCAGUGUUCGA